AUGGCAGCGGAAAUCAAACCGGCUACACAAACUAACGAUAGAUUUUGUACAACGAAAAAGCCCGUCCUUCUGGCCAAACUAGAUGGGUGCAGCGAUGAAAUAAACGCAGCAGUAAUUAUUCCAGGAGAAGACGGUGUUAUCAGUGUCUCGGAUGAUAAGACUGUGAGGGUAUGGCUAAAAAGAGAUUCAGGUCAAUACUGGCCGAGUAUAUGCCAGUACAUGCCAAGCGGUACCACUUCUGUCUAUUACACUGUGGAAACAAGACAACUCUUUAUAGGACAAGAAAAUGGAACUGUAUCAGAAUUUUCUCUUGCGUCUGAUUUUAAUAGAAUGAUGCCAGUACGGGAGUACCUAGCUCAUCAGGCCAGAGUCACCGAUAUUAUAUUUUCAAUUAAUUGUGAAUGGGUACUCAGUGUUGGGAGAGAUAAAGUAUUUUCAUAUAAUUGUACUCAAACAGGUCGAAAUAUUGGGACAUACAAUGCUGAAGCUUGGUGUACAGCUUUACAAUUCGAUGCACAGUCAAAACACGCUUUCAUAGGCGAUUACUCAGGUCAAAUAACUAUGCUUAAGGUAGAUAAUAACGGACCCACUGUCAUAACCACCCUAAAAGGUCACUCUGGUUCGAUCCGGUCACUUUCUUGGGAUGUUGCCAGGCAGAUGCUGUUCAGCGGUUCCUUUGAUCACACUGUUAUUGUUUGGGAUAUUGGAGGCCAACAGGGGAACGCUUAUGAGCUACAAGGUCAUCAUAAUAAAGUGUCGGCUUUGCAUUAUUCAGACUCUACCAAACAAUUAAUCAGUGCUGGAGAGGAUGGUGUUAUUGUUUUUUGGGAUAUGAACCAGCCUAGACAAGAAACACCGGAUUGGAAGGAGUCAGAUGUGUGUCAGCUUUGUGGAAGGCCCUUUUUCUGGAAUUUGAGAGCUAUGAUGGAUCAGCGUCAACUUGGCUUACGACAACAUCACUGCCGAUAUUGUGGCAAGGCUAUUUGCGAGAAAUGUUCACAGGGUAGAGUGACCAUACCGAAAAUGGGCUAUGAAUUUGCUGUUAGAGUUUGUGAGCAUUGCCAUACUUCAAUUAAAGAUGUCGAAAGACCAUCCUUAGCAACGUUUCAUGAUGCUAAACAUAAUAUUACCGGCAUGAAUGUCGACGAAACGUCAAAAAAACUGGUAACGGUUGGCCAGGAUAGAGUCAUUAAAAUAUGGGACAUUUCUGCUUUGCUUUAACUUUUUAAAUUGGUUGGCGAGUCACUGUAUUGAACCAAUUAUUAUCGUAAAAAAUAAACUGAAAUUUCAAUAUACUUUAUAUAAUUUAAUGUUAUAUUUAUAUUGUAUAGGUUAUGUUUAAUGUUAUGUAUGUAUAGUUUUUAAAUUUACUGUUAAUUACACACAAUUAAGUAA